CAAACAACAGACCAGAUGCAAUAAACACGUACCAGUUCAACUUUAUAAAGAGCAAUAUGGGCCUGUCCUACACAGAAGCAAUACGACUGGUCGAGGCCGAAGCACAUCGCAAACGAUAUGUCUUCUUGUCUCGAGCAGAAACAUGCUCGAUAUUCACUGCAAGAGGUCGCAUCGCUCGACACAUGAUUUAUAGUCCAAUCUCAACACCAAGGUUUGACACGUCUGCCAUGGAUGGCUACGCAUUGAACUCCGCCGCGACGCAGGAUGCGACCGUGGAUUAUCCCAAAACAUUCGAAGUUCAGGGCAUCACGGCCGCAGGAGAUGAACCUCUCUCGCAGGUGGGACGUGACGGUAUUUUCCCGCCUUGUGUGGAGAUUAUGACAGGAGCCCCAUUUCCCAAGACUGUCCAGCAGGAAGACUUCGAUUGUUGUGUUCGCUAUGAGGAUGUAAGAGUCGAAGAGCGAUCGGGGCGUCGCUUCAUUGCAGUAACCAAGCCGGUCAAGCCCAACCAGAAUCGACGGCUGGCCGCGACGGACUUCCGAACAAGUGAUGCGAUUGUCAAAGAGGGAGAACUGAUCCAUCCGAACCAUGUCCUGGCAAUGGCAUCCCUCGGUAUCACGGAGCUUUCUGUGCUGCCCAAGCCGAGAAUAGCCGUCUUCUCGACCGGAUCUGAACUAUUGCCUGCAAAAGGUGACUCCUCUAAGCUUCAUCGGAUUAGCGACAGCAAUGGCCCGUAUCUCACUGCAAUGCUGGAGGAUUGGGGCGCUAUUGUCGACUUUUUGGGAGUUCUCCCCGAUCACCCGGAAGACAUAGAACAGGCCCUAUUGCGCAGUCUUCAGGGACCCAGAUAUGACCUGAUCAUCAGUUCUGGCGCUGUCUCGGCCGGUCGUUACGACAUGAUCCCCACAGUACUCGAGCGCGUACAGGCACGGACAGUUUUUCACAAAGUUGAAAUGAGACCUGGGCAUCCGGUGCUUUACUCCAUGCUUCCUCGACCCGGAACUGCUCCUGUAGAUAGCGAGGUAGCCUUUUUCGGCUUGCCGGGAAAUCCAGUAGCCAGUGCCGCUUGUCUUCGUUUCAUAGUAGCGCUUUACUUGAAUACCAUCCAACUGCAACCGCCAGAGAAGCCAUAUAAAGCUCAUAUCAUGGCUGCGGACUACAAAUUUGGUAUUCAUCAUGGGAUACCACUCAGCUCCAGUAAGCCAGUCGCAACUGUGCCGAUGGAGAAAGACGUGUUUCGACCGGGGACAUUUUGCGGUUCCACAGACCAGGAUCUCAUGGUCCAGCUCAUAUCAGAUCAUAGUCCUGGCAAGAUCAAACCAUUCCUCGAGGCCAACUGCUGGAUCCGGAUCCCGCAUGGUGUUUCUGAAGUCGGAGAAGGCGACUCAGUUGGCAUUUACCCGAUGCGUUGAGAUCUAGCCCAUUACACUCCUGCAACAACACAUUUAUCUCAGCGGCAAUGUGUCGCAUUCCACAGUCGAGGUGGUCCCAUUCAAUUUCAAUACCGUAUCCAAAUCGGCAGGUGUAUUCAUAUUGAACAAACACCUAUCAUUCCGUGGCCGGAUCGUCUUUCCAGAGCACUGGCGAAUGACUGAUUUUGGCCCGCGAAUCCCUUUUGGACAUUCUGAUCAAGCAUGUGCAUGGCUUCGGGAGUCCAGACACCCAAGAGAGGCUCGCAGAAUCCAUCUGCAUUCUGGAAACAGGUAACGGGACCAGCCAUCUCAUGCUGUAGGUGAUGCAAGGCGGACACGGACAAGAACGGGUAAUCAUAGGCGACGACCUGCCAAGUAGCCUGCGCAUCAAAGCGAUGAGCGGCUAGGAGGCCUCCCGCUGGGCCCAUAUCGUCCUCUGUGUUGAGAGAAUCAUCACUAGGGCGGUCAUAGAU